CCCAUGGCCCCAUCUCCAAAUCUCCACACCUGCCGGCUGCCGACCUGCGCCCAGCCAGCCAACCACCACUCCCUCUUCAGUAUUCAUCGCACCCAGCCACCCACCAUCGCUCCCUCUUCAGGCCAACACGAAGCCACGCCGUCGCAAGUCAAUAUGGAGCCCGAGCCACCGAUUCAGUUUGACGCCAGUUCAAGUGAGAAUAUGGGCGAAUCCGGAUUGCCGCCAGUUUCUCUUCCGAAUGAAUCCACAAGCAUCAGAUCUCCGAGUGCAUUGUUCAGUGCUGGUUCUGUGCUUAAUGAUUUAAACUUCAGCUGCUUGUUUAUUGCUGGUUCUGUGCUUGAUUUAAACUUCAGGCUCAUGUUUGGGGCAGUUUUGCUUAUGUUAUGAAGGGCGUAAGCAUGUCAUUGAAACAACUUAUCUUAGAGAUUAUGGCAUCAUGGAUGGUGACCAGGCUAGUGAAUGUUUAGGCUUACAAUUUCAGUGAGGGGAGCUGGAAUGCUGGAUUGAUGUCAUUGUUACCCUGUUAAUCCAUUCAUCUCAAUGUCUGUUGUACUUACUCCAUUCCUCUUGACUCAUGAUAUCUAUAUAUUCAAUUCUGAUACAUUGUUAGUUUGUU